AAGUGCAGCUGAGGACUCAGAAGGCCGGUGCUGUGACCGUAACUAAAAAAUCACAGGAUCAAUUAAGUUGGAAAAGAUCUCCGGAGAUCACCGAGUCCAAGCUGUGACCCAAGACGACCUCCUCAGGUAGAUCAUGGACUGCACGAAGUGCCACAUCCCGUGUCAGGCACCUCCAGGAACAGUGACUCCACCACCUCCCUGAACAGUCCAUUCCAGAGACACACAUCACCUGCUGUGUGUCUCACCAGUCUUCAACACAUCUGGGGACUCCACCAUCUCCCUAGGCAGUAUAUUUCAGUGUUUUCUGUGAAGAAAUUCUUCCUAAUGUCCACCCUAAACCUCCCCAAGCUGAACUUGAGGCUAUGUCUGCUCAUCCUGUUGCUGGUUUCCUGGGAGAAGAGGCCAACCUGGCUACAACAUCCAUUCAGGUGGUUGUAGAAAGCAGUAAGGUCUCCCCCGAGUCUCCUCUUCUCCAGGCUAAACAUCCCUCAGCUGCUCCUCACAGGACUUGUGUUCCAGAAAAGGCAUCCAAAUUCUGGCGGCACUUGCCCAGGAACACAGACAUGGUUCCAAGGUGGUGCUGCAUGGCCUCCUUGCGGCUCCUCUUGCUCCUGAGCUCUCCCUGGCUGCUGGAGGCUCUUACAGAGCUGGCGGCUGCAGGCACCUGCAGAGGAGGGAAGGCAGGGACAUUUCGAGGCCAUGCAACAGCUGCUGGUCUUGUGGUGUGCACCAAGGGAAGGAAACCACCGAGCCUGGUCAGGGCAUCCAGGUUUUUAUUUUUCUUAAGCACAAAAAAUACCACCUGUUGGUCUGGAAGCCAGUGUUGUUUGGCAACCAAAACCAAGUAGGAAAAAAAUCUUUUACAUUAUGUCAAGAAGAGAUUUUGCAGAUUUCCCUGUAAGGACUUGAUCCGGAUCAGUUAAAAGCACAGACUAUUAGUCAGCAUGUUUAGUCACGAAGCAAACAUUUCUCUCUGUACUCUUGAAGUACAGUUUCCAGAUGGCAGCCCAAAUUGAUGUCCUUACAAACACAGCAUGAGCCUUCUAAACUAAUGCUUCAUAUUUUGCAAAUUGAAUCUGUAUUAUCCGUAAUAAGGGAUUACUUGGUUUCUCUGGAGAAUAUGUUGUCAGUCGUAUGAAUUCAGUAAAGCUAGGAGUGCACCAUUUAUCAAUAAUUUUAACAUAAAUGUCUGUCUAUGUGUCAUUUAGAGAUGAAUAGCAGAACAUCUCUAUGGAAACAGUACAGCUAUAGUGCAACCAAGAGAAAUAAUGUUCCAUAUCAUAAUCACAAAGGUAGCUUGCAAGAAAGAGAAUUCUAAAGGCAUAACAAGUAUAUGUGUUGUGUUAUUCAGAAAAAAAAGUGGUAGGAAAGAUGUUAACCUUUUACAUUGAAGUGCCUGCACACAGAGAGCAAGAGCACACACAUUAAGGAGCCUAGUCUGUAACCAUAUUCUUUUAGGACAUCCCUUUAGCCCAGGGAUAAAGAGAAGUCAAGAUGCAGGACCUUGUGACUGGUGGGCAUUGGCACCUGUCUCUGCAAAUUGGCCAGAGGCCUUCUUCUAGGAGCAGUGCAGGCCACUUCAAUCUGCUUCAGAUUCUGCAGCUUGUCCAGCACCACCAGAAAACCUCUUCAAGUGCAGGUAUAGGUGGAUGUGAAUGUCAAAGUUAAAAAAUAAACAAAAAGGCCCCCCCCGCCCCCCAAUCCACUAAAAACCAAAACAACUACAACCAACCAACCAAACAAAAAAAGGAAGAAAAUAAUUGCAAAUAGUUGAUCCAGCUAUUCAUUCACAUUUAAAAACUAUACCUAGAUCUGUGAAGGACUAGAAAAUACCCACUUAAUAUUUGUAUUUUCCUAUGUUAGUUUUUAUAUUCCUGUAUAUCUAAUCUUAGGUAGGUACAACACUGACCAUGAAAUAUGGUUAUAUGAUGAAAUUACAUGAAAAGCUGAAUUUAAUGGAUGCAGAUGGCAAUAUCACAGUUAUAGUUUAGAGCAAGGAACAAAUACAAAAUCUGACAUAUUACAGGCUAGCUGUAGGUAGCAAAGUGAAAUAAUGUAGGCCAGAAUUUGGUCAGACAACAAAUGCUGUUCUGAAAGUUUGUCUUAAAUAUUUUAUGACCACAGAGGAAGUACUGUUUCAGUUUAGUAGUGCCAUUUAGUGCCUUGCUGCAGAUUUGGGUUAGAAUGAUUCCAGAAAGAAUAAUAGUACCCACCUGAAAUAAAACAAUUUUGUUUCUUGUAAAACACAAUGAAAUGUUUGGGUUUUUUCCAGACAAUUCCAUAGUCAUUUCAGCCUUCCUUAUUUUAUAGUAUCUGUUAGGGCACUGGAGCUGUACACCACAAUGGUUGAAAUAAAUAAAAGUCUCUUGAAAUCUUGCCUUUUAAAAAUCCAAAAUUAGAGGCCAACAUCUCUUAAGCUAAAAAGAUACUUCAUUCUAUUUGAUUUUCUACCACCAUCCAUUGCAAAGAACAUACCAGUACCUGAGUUCUCUCUUCUGAACAUGAGAAAUAAAGGAAAUACCAUUGUUAUUAUCACAUUUAGAAAGCCUCAAAAAACCCCAGGAGUCAAGCCUAUACAUCAGUGCGUACACCACAUUAUGAUUUCAUGGCUACAAAUGAAAUGAGAAGUGAAGAACAACUCUCCUUAUUCUUUUAUAAUUUCUCCCAUAUAACCCUUAAAGAGUAGCAAUAGAAAGAUUACAUAGAUUAAUGUCAGAGAAUUGUUAUAGCAGAGGAGAGCUGUUAGUAACUGGAAUGUACAGGGCUGGAAUGUACAGUGCUUUGGUGUUGCUUUGUUGUAGUAGACAGGUGCUGUGUACAUGCAGGAACUGGGUAUUUGAAAACAACUGUUGCAGUGUGAUGCAUUUCUGACUCAAGCAACUUGUCUGGAGCUUUUGGGAAUAAAUUCUCUUUGUUUGGGAUAUGUUCCAUCAGUCAAAUUUGAACUAAAAAAGGACAGAGAGAAGAACUGAAGAGGAUGAAGAGAUUUCUUACAAUCCCAAUUCGUCCAGAGAUUCAGAUUUGGAAAAUCAGGUGACAGGAAGUUUCCAUUACUGGUUAUGGGCACGGAUACUGAAAUUUUAACUCGACAGUACAUAUUUAGACAAAAAGUAAGGCUAAGUGAUGGCUUGUGGAAAAAAAUACACUCACAAAGUUUUAUAAAUUUGUGCUGGACCAAUAUGAAACAUAAACUGUCUUCUUAACUGUUUAUUCUCCUUUAGUAUUAAUUAUGGAGAAGAGAGUAUCUCCAUUCUUUGAAUUACAGUGAACAUACACAUUUUAUUGUUUUAUAUUUAGACUAAGAGAGGAGUCAGGUGUCAAAGGUUUGCCCCAACUUUUCCAGCUGUGCAGGGACUAUGCUAUGCCUUGCUCCAGAAAGCGCAAAUAGGAGACACUCCUGAGCUUAGUAGCAGACUAAUAGCAUUUUAAAAGUGGCUAUCUGUUUUUUCACUUCUCAUCACAAUGAUAUAUAAUUCCCGAAAGUUUUAACAUCCAGGGAGUGGGCAGUAUUUCAAACUCAGAAAAAUCAAAAAAACUAAAUGCAGGAAAGGGAAUUUCAUAGUAUGUUUGCAUGCAGUGCACUAGAGGGCCCUCAGGAGUUAGAAAUAGAUGGAAUGCACUUUUGAAAGGCACAUACUUCACAGGACUUUUCAUUGCAGAAUUUAAAAUAGAAGUUGCUGUGGUUUUGUUUGUGGGGUUGUUUGGUUUGGGCUUUUUUUUUACAAUGUGAAGUUCAUGUAAGUUUAUAGCAGUUCAUAUGCAAGCACCUCACAGUAAAGUCAACUUCUCAACAGUUCUUAGCUUGCAAUGAAAUACCUAAAUGUGAACCAUACUUAAAAGUGAAAUAUUUUCUAGAUGCCAGCUUCUACUCAGUUACUUUUAUUAACCUAAGGAGUUUACCAGAACAAAGGAUGUGUCAAACUGAAUAGUUUGCAAAGAAGAUACAUAGAUCUUUUAGACUACAAGUCAGUAAACUCUGCUUACGCAGCUGGCUCCAUUCAUUCUCUGAAGCCAAUCACUUCCCCUGUGGUGGCUGAUAAGAAUUUAACAGUUUGAGAAGGUGGAGUGUCAGCAUCCUUAGUGCUGACCACGUUCCCAGGCAUAUCGGUAGCCUCUGUCCAUCACUCAUGCUGGAAGCUACUUGGAAAAGGAGAAACAGAAAUUGGGGAAGGGAAAUCAUGCAUCAUCAUCCUGUCUGGAAUGUACAGAAGACUUCGUGCUGUUCUCAUCAUGUGGAUUCACUAGAGAAAUGACCCCUUUUGAUCAGCCAAGUAAAAUCAAAAACUUGUUUAUUUGCUGCCUGUGGCCCUCACGGGUGCUGAGGCUCUGGACUUGCAGGCGCCCAAGGACAAGGAGGAAUCUGCUAGUGGGCACAGCCUGUGUGAUCUACCUGGGAUUCCUUGUCAGCCAAGUGGGUCACGUUUUACCGCAGCACAAAGGAGGACAUCAAAAGAUCAGUUCCAGGAGUCUCCAAGAUGCAGCUCAAACUCCCUUUCUGGGCAUCCCACUGGAUGGCACCCUGUCACCACCCAAUUUCCAAGAACCCCAGCUUGGUAGCAAUGGAACCUUGCUGCCACCCAAUGUAGUUUAUAUCACCCUGCGGUCCAAGCGCAGCAAGCCUGCCAACAUCAGAGGCACAGUGAAGCCAAAGCGCAGGAAGAAAGAUGCCACCCGUUUGUCCUAUGGGCAUCACUUUCCAAAAGCCACUUUCAUGGGCUGGGAGGAGGCCUUUCCCCAACAGGCAGGGAGGGCCACACAUGCUGCAGGCACAAUGGGAGCAGCGAUCGCUCUGGAGGCAAGCAAGUACCAACUGGAUGAACGCAGGCAUAAAGGAAUGAUUAUCAGGGAGAGAGGUCACCAGAGACCUGGGAGGAUUUCUGGAGCUGUAAAGGCACAGCUCCAGCCUGAGGAAACACCAGAGGAUCCACACUGGGGAAAAGCCCUACGAGUGUGGGGAAUGUGGGAAGAGCUUCAGCCACAGCUCCAGCCUGAGGAAAGCAAUAUCAGGAUUUACAGCGAGAGCCCUCCCUCAUGGAUGAGCAAAGAUGACAUCCUAAACAUGCGCAUGCUGGCAGAUUCUCCUAUAGAGAGCAUUCAAGAACUACCUUCGCACAAAGCAGUCUUGGUAGUAUUUGCAAGAGGUCCCAGCACCACGGGAACUGCUUGUAAUCAAGGACACUGUGGAAUUGUCAAAAGACCUCUCGACAUGAGUGAGGUGUUUGCCUUUCAUUUGGACAGGAUCUUGGGGCUAAACAGAAGCUUACCUUCUGUAAGCAGGAGAUCAGAGUUCUUCCAAGGGGGUCAAGCCUGUCCUGUUAUUCUCUGGGAUUCCUCACUGAGUCCAACAGAUAAUAGUACCCAUUCUUCAGUGAGGUUAACGUGGGGACAAUAUCAGCAACUAUUGAAGAAAAAAUGCUGGCAGAAUGGUAAAGUUCCCAAAGCUGAGUGGGGCUGCACUGGAAUUCAUCAUCAUGAAUGGUCCAAGAUGGCACUCUUUGAUUUUCUGUUGCAGAUCUAUAAUCGACUAGACAGAAACUGUUGUGGAUUCAAACCUCUCAAGGAGGAUUCCUGCAUGCAACAAGGACUAAAGCUGAAAUGCAAUGAUCAGGAUGCUAUUAACCUGACACACAUCGUUCAGAGAAGGCAUGACCAAAGGCAUUUGGCCUUUAUAGACAAUAAAGGUUUCUUUGACAGAAAUGAGGACAAUCUUGACUUCAAAAUACUACAAGGAAUCAAUGAAUUCCCUGCAUCUGCAGUUUCAGUUCUGAGGAGCCAGCAUUUACGUGAGAAGUUGCUCCAGUCUUUGUUCCUUGACAAAAUAUACUGGGAGAGCCAAGGAGGCAGAAAAGGAAUUGAAAAGCUUAUUGAUGUAAUAGAAAGGAGGUCCAAAAUUCUUCUUACUUAUAUAAAUGCACAUGGAGCCAAAGUAUUGCCCAUGAAUGAAUGAAACAGUCUUGUUUCCAUCUGAAAAAAAGUCUUUAACCUUUUUUUUAUGGUGCAGAAACUGAUGGUAAAAUUGAUUUAAUUCAUAGCAUUAUUUUUUCCCAAACUUUGAAACUUACUUUUAAAUAAGAAAUCUUACAUGGUUUAAAAGCAGAAUUUAAAUGUUAUCUGCAGCUCAACACACUUUAGUCUCUUCUAUGUCACAAGUGAAAUGAAAAAUAACUGAAUGACAAUAUGCAGUAAUAUAUAGGUACCAUGAACGCUCUUUCUGUUAAAUUAGCAGUAGGAUUUUCAGUUCAUUAGGCUGGAUUGCUCUUACUUUCCUCAUUGAAGUCAGUAGAAUAUUUUAUUGCAAGUUUAAAUGGGAAAAGAGAUGUGUAAGCACUUGAUACAUUAAUGACACUUGCUGAAACAUAUAUAGUACAGGAAUUUUUUCUUUUAUUAGGUAUACUAAAAUGCCAAAAUUUCCAAGGGCUUGUUUUAUUUUAUUUUAUUUUAUUUUGAUCUUCUGAAAUCUGAGAACUAAAUUCAGCUCUUUUAAAUGCAGGAGUGUUUGUGCUGGACAUGAGGGCAUUUUAAAAACAGAGUGAGGAGAGUGUGGCUUUAAUAAUAAUAAUUAUUUUGACAAAUACAGUUUUUACUUGUCCAGUAUGGAUUAAAAUUCAUCAUGAGUCACUCAUUGAAAUAUGCAUUUUUCAAUGCAAGUUCUGAUGUGUGGAUAGAUGAUCUGAUAUUUUCUGUCUAUUUAUUAACUGGGUAUUUUUAAAAAAAAAAACAGCUUUAGCUUUGUGAGAAUAUGUUGCUAAAUAAGUACAUGUUUUUGUUUUUGCAAAAUUCUUGACAGUAUUUUCUGAGACUAUUAUCAAAAGGCAGACCUCCUAACAAGAGUGUUAAACCCAGCAGAAGAAAUAUUUAUUCUGUGUGCUCAGCUCUAGCCAGCAAUACAAGCUUGGGUUUCCAUUAAGAUUGACCGUUGUGGGGUGAUGAUUGUAACUGAGAACUUGUCCCGAAUGUUCCCACAGGUAUGGUUGUUAGGGAAUGUUGGAUAAGCACUUCAUAUUUUUACCCUUGAAAUGCUCCAGAAAGAAAAUAUCAGUUGAUACAGCCUAUCAUCACAUACACCUUCAACCUGUUUGUUUAGAAAAACUCUUACCAUAUUUUUAGAGAAAUAUCUUUUUGCCAUGAGGUAAUGGUAGAAGUCAGAUACUUUUAUAGCUGCUCUUAUUUUAUGUAUCAUAAAAAUAUAUAGGGUGUGAAAGAAUUUUGAAAGUCCUUGUGUGAUGUUAUUAAUGACAAACGAAAAUGUCUCAUGUCACUGUUAAUGUGGAUGGGUGAGUUUAAUGUUUUAAAUAACUACAAUUCCAUUGCAGCUAAAAUCAGUUUUCUUUCUUAGUAUCAGAAAACUCAUUAACAAUAAUUGCAUUACUAGAAGAAACAGAUCUCAUUAUGAGCAGAGUUAAAAAGACUUAGUAAAAUUUUAAGACCUUGGCCAGCUAAAUAAUAUUUUAUUUUAUUUUAUUUUGUCAGCAAAGUACAGAUCAAUUUGUUAAAACUUCCUAGAACUUAACUAUUGCCUCAAGAGGAUGUGUUAUAGAGUGCCUUGGACUUUUUAACACCAAGGUAGAAUUUUACGGGAUUUUCAAUUUAUCCAUUUUUAAAAAAUGUUGUGACUUAUUAGCCAGAUAAUUUUCAUCACAGAAUCAAAAAUAUUACUUUGGCUUGCACUGUGAACAGAGUCUAGAGAAAGAAAUAAUCCUCAGGAUACAUUUCACAUGGAAUUCCUCUUGCAGUGGAUUUCACUCUAUGAUGGCCAUCACGAUCAGUUUGUCUCAUUUUUUAGCCUAUGUCACAGGUUUCUUCCCGCUAGAUACCUGUUCAAAUGGAUUAUCCCUCACUGCUGGGAGUGAGAGAAAAGCAUGACUCUCAGCUGCACUGAGCUUAGGAGAGUGCCCAGCAGAGUUGUGAAUGUAGGUGAUUAUGACAAGGUCCCAUGAGAACUCCUAUCUUUAGACUGCACAUCCUGAUGCUGAGUCACUGCCUCACUUUUCCCAGUUGUAAUUUUUUUCCAGAAUUGACUCAUUGCCAAAAAAGAAGAGGAAAUCUAUUAUCUUUCCAGGCUGGAUCAUUUAUUUUUUAUGGUGAUAACUUGGUGCAUUCUUCUCCAUUUCUUCUGGACAUGGACUAGUGUUUCCUUGAGCAUGAUACAUGCUUUUUCAUUUGCCUGGCAGUUCAGUGCCAGCUCUUAAAGCAGCAAUGUAAUUGUCUAUGAAAUUGCCCUGAAGCUGACCUGAACCAGAGUCUCUCAGUAGUCCUGGAUUCAAGAGAACUGAGUAGCCACAAUGCUGUGCAGUCCUUAAAAAUCUGACCAAGUGUAAAAAGCAGAACCGUAAAAAGCAAAAUUUCUGGAGACUCUCAAGGGGCAAAGAAAUACUCCUUAUGCUGUGUUAGCAUGCCAUAUUUCAUGUACAAACACUCUCGCAGUCUUCAGGCAGGCCAGGAGACUGAAAUUGGAUAGUGAGACGGGAUUGCAGAUUGCUUGUAGUUCUCUCAUGUUGAUAACAAACUCCAGAAAGUGGUUUUUCCCUAUGGUAUUUAUCCUGCUGCUGUGGAGCUUGGUACAUAAUCCAGAAUUGUUAAUAAUGCAAAAUAUAAUUGCAAUAGCUCUUCUGAAUGCAUACUAGCCAAGUUCUAGCAUAUUUUUAAAUGAAGAUGAAGAAUUCUGUAUUUUUUUGAGUGCAUUUGCAUAAAUGCAAUAGUAAAAAAUACAAAGGGAGCACUUUAAGUUUGUUUAUUCUCUGCUACUACCUUUAAGAUAUCUGCUUCAGAAAUGGGGGUAAAGUGUAUUGGGAAAUUGGUUCACAUCCUUUGGAAGUAGCGUGACUUUGGACUGACAGGAACUGCACUGUAUCUAAAUAUAUAAUUAAUAUUUUAACUGAGAGUUAAAAUCCUGAAGGAGCCUUUUUCAAGCUAUGGUUAUUGAUAGAAAGCCAAGAAGCGGUGCUUUAGUCCUCUUUGCUGGGCUGUCUUCCAUUUCUGGGCAUAUGGAAUCAGACAAAGAUUUGAGUUGCACAUUGCAUGGAAGGGUAUAACCAACAGCAACACUGCAAAACCUGCGGGUGGGAAAAAGUGAUUAUGUCAUUCUUGAAUCUGCCUGAAAGCCAGAACCACAUGAAAUGGACUUACUAAGAAAGUCAAGGGUUUAUUCUCAAAAGAGUUUGAGAUUUCAUAACACUGGAAGACAGAGCUUAAAAUAAGUUGCACAGGCACAGAUGCCUUAAAAUUCCUUGGGAGCUUGCCAGCAAGUUAAUAGUCUUAAAUGUUUCAGAAGCUGAGGACAUGAAAACUGUGGAGCACUGUGAGAGCAGUUUCCUUCUUUUCUUGUGCAGUAUUCUAUACUACAACAUAUCAAAAUAAAUAAAUAAAAAUAUUUAUUCCAUGGUUUCAAACUUACAAAUGUAGAUUCAGGGUACAUCAAGGGACAAGGUUCCUGCAGCAAACCUGGGAACACUUUCAUGUAUGUGUGUACAAAGACACAAAAAUACAUGUAUAUGUAUUUAUGCUUUGGCCUGUUUCUAUAAAACGGUCAAUUUGGCUAAUAAAGAGUGAGCUGUUUAUAUAAUUUACUGUUUACAUGUAGAAUUUUAUUUGUGAGCUUAAGUCAACUUUAGGGUAUACACAAUUUGAAGUUUAAAUAAAACAUUAUAAUAGAUGAAACUUUUGUUCUCAAAGGAUUAACUCUUCUUUUGCUAACACAUUUACAUAAUCUUAGGAGUUUUUUACUGACAAUUGUAGAGAAAAACAGCAAUAUGUUUGUAUCUGUGCUAAACUUCCAGACUGGUAUGAAUUCAGAUGUUUUUUAAAGUUUUAUACUAGAUAUUGAAUUUACAUUUUAUUUUGGAAUUUGUGGAUUUUAAAAGUCUGUUUGUUCUUUAAUUAGUAAUUUGAGUAAUGACUCAUUUAAAUCUCUGCUGCUAUUGUCAUGUAGUAUGUAGGAAUAUGCAAAAUAAAUAAAUAUCAGAUUUUCAGUUCGGAUUUCUAAGUUGCAAUAAAAAACCCUAAUACAUAUUAUUGUAAUAUGUGAAUCAUUAGUUACUCUUUAGAAAGAACUGUGGCCUUGAAACUUUUCUUCACAGAAACAAUCCAAAACAGAUCACUGGAAUCUUUCUGUAGAAGUAUUUUCUAGCUAUUUACUCAUGAGACUUGCAACUCUUUCUCACUAAGCUGAUUCAGUGUAGCUGUGAGUCUUCUGGCUACUGCAGAAUUGGUAUUUACUACCUUCUUUAGCUAUUCUGACCAUACCUACUUACACAAACAUUGAGCAGAAAAGGCCAUGCCCAUUUAUAAUGCUAGAACAGAAGUAUUGGUCAAUGACUCAUAAACUUUUGAACAUGCCAUGAGCAAACAAAGGAAUAGCAGAGAGACACUGGGCUCCAUGUGGAAUAGAGACUCACACAGUUAAAGUAACAAGAGAAACAAAUAUGCUAAAACAUUUUAAAACAUUCUCUUUCCCACACAAAGGAGUUUGUUUUGUUUUAUUAAAAAUAUUAUUUUUGAACAUUACUGCCUGCUUUAGGCUAAAUUCUAUCAGAUACAUUUGUGUGAAUUAAUUUCAAUUUCACUGAAUUAUCCCAUAUCCAGAUAAAAAAAUUUAAGUCAGGUUAAUCUGUAUUCUCAGAAGUUGGAGAACUGAAACCUCAGGUCAAAGGGAGACCUUAGGAGAGUGACAUGUUAAUAAGGAGAUUGUCCUGAAAUAUAGCAUGAAUAUAGAUCUUAGAAUGUAAGUUCUCUAAACAAUAUCCAUGAGGUCAAUAAGGAUUUACAAGUGCUCUUUGAAGACUUUCAGCCUGUUCCCCCUGUAUUUCUGUGUGUCAGGACAUUCAAAGAGGAUUAGACAAAUUCAAGGACAGCAAGUUUAUAUAUGGACUUUGUAAGAAUUAGAUAAGCUUUUAUCUUGUGACAUUCCUAGUGCAACAAUUGAAAGGGGCCACAGGUAACACCCCACUGUGGUCAGCUCCCAGUCUGAGAUGUACUGUUGGGCUGGGUGGCACCCAGCAGGGAACUCUACAUAUUUUUGUAUUUGAAGGCUAUUCAGCCAGAUGCAAUGUUGUAAGCUCUUCAGGCUUCCCCUUAUUUAUACGAAUAUAUAGAAUAAUCUUUAUCUGCAAGUAUGUGGAUGCUUGGGGUGUUGUUAGUCUGCUUUGACUUUGAUGAAAGAAGAGAAGGAAAACAGAUGGCAACCUUCUAAUGCCUAAGGAUAGUUUUCCCAAAGCAGUUCCACGGAUUUUGUUCUUUGGGGG